GCACCGCUUCAGGGCUCGGUGGUUGAGUUAACGCAUGCGCAGCGCGAGAGAUCCGGGUAUUUGGCAGGAUGAGAGCUGCUUUCCAAGAUGGCGGCGGAGGGAGGAGGGAAGGAAAUGAACGAAAUUAAAACCCAAUUCACUACCCGGGAAGGCCUUUACAAGCUCCUCUCUCACUCUGAAUACAGCCGCCCCAACCGGGUGCCGUUUAACUCGCAGGGUUCUAAUCCGGUCAAGGUCUCCUUCGUGAACGUCAACGAUCAGUCCGGGAACGGGGACAGGAUCUGCUUCAAUGUGGGCCGGGAGCUGUAUUUCUACAUAUACAAAGGCGUCAGAAAGGCAGCUGAUCUAAGCAAGCCUAUAGACAAGAGAAUAUACAAAGGGACACAGCCAACGUGUCAUGACUUCAAUCACCUCACCGCUACAGCUGACAGCGUUUCUCUUCUUGUGGGGUUCUCUGCUGGCCAGGUCCAACUUAUAGACCCAAUUAAAAAGGAAACAAGCAAAUUAUUUAAUGAAGAGAGACUAAUAGACAAGUCCAGAGUAACCUCUGUAAAAUGGGUUCCAGGCUCGGAAAGCCUCUUCCUAGUAGCUCAUUCCAGUGGAAAUAUGUAUUUGUAUAAUGUGGAGCAUACAUGUGGGACCACCACUCCACAUUACCAGUUACUCAAACAAGGUGAAAGUUUUGCAGUCCACACAUGCAAGAGCAAGUCCACGCGAAACCCUCUACUGAAAUGGACUGUUGGCGAGGGUGCCCUAAAUGAAUUUGCUUUUUCCCCAGACGGGAAAUUCUUAGCCUCUGUGAGCCAAGAUGGCUUUCUUCGUGUAUUUAACUUUGACUCGGUAGAGUUGCAUGGUACGAUGAAAAGCUACUUUGGCGGACUGCUGUGUGUGUGUUGGAGUCCCGAUGGCAAGUACAUUGUAACAGGUGGAGAGGAUGACUUGGUAACCGUUUGGUCAUUUGUGGACUGUCGAGUUAUAGCCAGAGGUCAGGGACACAAAUCAUGGGUCAGCGUUGUUGCAUUUGACCCGAAUACCACUAGUGUAGAAGAGACAGACCCAAUGGAGUUUAGUGGGAGUGAUGAAGAUUUUCAGGAACUGAUAAAUUUUGGUAGAGAUCGAGCAAACAGUACCCAGUCGAGAUUAUCAAAAAGGAACUCUACAGACAGUCGCCCUGUUAGUGUAACCUAUCGAUUUGGCUCAGUAGGCCAAGAUACCCAGCUGUGUUUAUGGGACCUUACAGAAGACAUCCUUUUUCCUCAUCAGCCACUUUCAAGGACAAGAACACACACAAAUGUGAUGAAUGCCACAAGUCCACCUGCAGGAAGUGCUGGAGCAAACCCAGGAAGCAAUGGCAACACUAUCACAAGCCCAAGCAACUCCAUUCCUCCCCCUCUUCCUAGGUCCAACAGCCUUCCUCACUCUGCAGUGUCUAAUACUGGCAGCAAAAGCAGUGUGGAUAGUGCCAUAGCAUCUGGCGUCAGCAAGUUUGCGACUCUGUCCCUCCAUGACCGCAAGGAAAGACAUGACAAAGACCACAAGAGAAACCACAGUAUGGGACAUAUAUCUAGCAAGAGCAGUGAUAAACUCAAUCUAGUUACUAAAAACAAAACGGACCCGGCUAAAACUUUGGGGACCCCUCUUUGCCCCAGGAUGGAAGAUGUUCCUUUGUUAGAGCCUCUUAUCUGUAAAAAGAUAGCACAUGAAAGACUAACUGUGCUCAUUUUUCUUGAAGACUGUAUAGUCACUGCUUGUCAGGAAGGAUUUAUUUGCACAUGGGCAAGGCCUGGUAAAGUGGGUUUAUUACCAUCCCAAAACCAAGCCAAUUCUCCAAGUGGAACUGUAGUAUAGCCAACCCACUACUGCUUGCAAAACAUACACAGGACCAGAAGUAAUGGCAGAGGAGCCAGCAGCUGUUCUUCAGCAACAGAAACCUCCAUUUAGAACAUGGCAGAGUUUAAAUGUGGGACACCAAAAACACUAAGGUCACGGAAAAAAAAAAAAAAAAGAGUUGCUCUAAUUGGUUGUUACUUAGUAAUAAUAACGGGUGCACACACAGGAGAUACUUAUUCAGAACCCCUCCUCCCUGGAUGAACAACACAACCCCCUUCAUUAGGAGGCACAGUGGAAUUAAUAACUUUCAUUCCUAAUGCUUUCUACCUUCAUGUCAUUUAAUCUUUCUAAAUAUGUAGUGUAAAUGAACCAGUAUGUUGUUGGAGAUCUCCCGUCAUACUAGGUGGCUUUUAAGAAAUGAAUUCACCAUUGUGUGUAUUGCACUGAUUUUCUUUUGACCUUCAAUGGUUGCGAUGGGAAUACGCCUGGGACUGCGCUGACCUGAGAGCAAGUCAUUCUCUACGUGACUUGAAACGAAGGAAGCCGCAAAUUUUUUUUUUUUUUUCUAAAUACAAAUGUUUGCACUUAAAUGGCGAAAUUUCAAGAAAUUACUAUUAAAUGGUGUACAAAAACCAUUGUGGAGAGAAAUCGACUUUGUAUCUAUUAAACAUUUAUUUUAGUAUUGUGGUUUCUAAUGACUGUAUUAUAUGUAUAAAUACUGUAAUUCAGUGCUGGGAGAUGGGGAUUUGGAUCAUUACACUAGUCAUUUUCAUUAUAUGAAAAUAGUGCUUUCUAAUUAAAAUACCUAUUAAUAUUAA